UAGUACCGAUAUGGAAGCCGUUCAAACCUUCGGUCGCAAGAAAACCGCCACUGCUGUUGCCCACUGCAAGCGCGGACGUGGUCUCGUUAGAGUUAACGGUUCCCCUCUCGCUCUCCUCGAGCCUGAGAUUCUCAAGUUCAAGGUCUACGAGGUCAUCCUCCUGCUCGGUGAGGAGCGUUUCUCCAACGUCGACAUCCGUAUCCGCGUAAACGGUGGUGGUCACACCUCCCAGAUCUACGCCAUCCGUCAGGCUCUUGCCAAGGCCAUCGUUGCCUUCUACCAGAAGUACGUCGAUGAGGCCUCCAAGAAGGAGAUCAAGGACAUCCUCGUCCAGUACGACCGUACCCUCCUCGUUGCCGAUCCCCGUCGUUGCGAGCCCAAGAAGUUCGGUGGUCCCGGUGCCCGUGCCCGUUUCCAGAAGUCUUACCGUUAAAAAGUUUUCCACCCUGGGCUUUUUUUUCCGGCGCUAUUCUUUUUUUUUCUUAUGUGUUAUGCAUAUAUAUUUUCUAAAAUAACAAUGGGAUUGUGUGUAUAAUUAUAUGUUUUUUUAUCUUUAUAUGUUUUUAUGCAUACAGUUGAUAUACAUACAUUUGGGUUACAGGCGU